UCGUCGCAUCUCUUUCGACGUGUAGAAAGCAGGUGGAGUUGAAGUCACUUUUCCAGCUGCCGUUUUCAGCUUCACAUCAUUCAUUUUCUUUUAACAUUGAACUGGAAUCUAGAGAGCCUAGGGUAGUAUGUUGGCACCGGACAAGCGGAACUGACUCCCGACCCUGUCCCAUCUGCACUCCAUUCCUCACCUAUUGUCUUGGACUUAUCAUGUGGCUGUUUCUGCUGCCCACAUUCCUGCUUUCCUGCCCUUUUGUUUGCACCUCAAGGCCACACUCUGACCAAGUGGCCGUGGCUGAAGGUCAAGCCCAGCUGCAGCGGCUGAAUGAAUUUGCCAGACAGCCUCGCUAUGGUGCCUGCUGGAUAACUGCUUUGGAGAGGGUCCAUAUUGGAUGUAAGGAAUUUACAGAUGAAGCACAAAGUCGCAUUGCUCUGGGAUUCACUCACUGUCAUCUGCAGAGGUCUGGCCGCUCAUUUCCUGCUUGCUCUGAGGAGGACUCUAUUCAAGUGUGCACUCAGCAUAUGGACAGCGUGGCCUUUGGAGUUUACACUGAAUUCUUCACUCACACUCAUAGCAUUUGUUAUUUCUUACAAAAUGAGAUUUGGCAGCAGCAGGCCGAAAACACCAUCGACAGGCUGAUGCAGAAUUCAGCUAAUGUUGCAAAGAAUUUAGAAGCCACAAACAGUAUGGCAGAGCGGAUAGUAGAAGCCCAAAAUACUGCCCUCAAAUCACAGGAGGAGAUUCUGAAGAACGGAAACAUUCUGAAGCAGACUUUGCAGGACUCGACACAGGGUGUAAAACGAGUAUUUGAAGAGAUGAAGCAUUCUGCCAAUGAACAGCAGCUGAUUUUCUCUGAGAUAUUCAACCGUCUUUCGUAUCUGCAGAGCUUUGUGGUGACCGAAUCUAACACGCUGUACUCCCUCCUGGUCAAUCUAAUGGCUUUGGGGGCUGUGUUUCUGGUGACGUCCACCACACGCACCUCUGGGGCAAGGCUGUUCCUCUUCAGUCUGGUGGCACUCAAUGUGUACCUGGAGAGACUAAUUUGCAGCAUGGUGAUGGAAUCAAAUGAAUCGGGUUUUGAUCAAGCAAAUCGUAUUGCUUUUCUGGUGGGUGUCCUGCGCCGAUGUAUGAUUGGACUAGGGAUCCUUGUUUUGGUGUAUUUUAUCAUUCGCUUCAGAGACCUAGGUCAAGAGAGCUUGGAGAUCUUGAAGGAACUGAAGGAAACUCAGUCGAAUCUGCAGCAAGCACUCAGAGAAGCUGAGAAAAUAAUUCGACCACUUGAGGCUGAAUUACAAAUUUGGGAGAAGCAGCCACUUUUGGAGAGCACACGACUUGACUCUGGGAUCCUGGAAGUUUCAACCUCAUCUCCACGUAUUUGCAUGCUGGAAGAGACUGUAGUCCAGAAAGACCCCCAUUCAUCUGAUAUCCAAAACAGCACAAAACUGCCAUCUGAUGUCAAAGAUACUCCAAAGCGAGUGAGGCAGAAGCAGACCAGCCGGAGGUACAGCUGUCAGUCGCCCAGUGCAGUGGUUUACAGUGUUCUUGUGGAUGACGACACAGCAAAGACAAGGUACAAUCUUAGGAAUCGGAGAUCAAUACCUGGCCACUUCCCAGCUGAAGGAUCAAAGUAGUGGAGGAUGACUGAAAGACUCUUAAGAAUCACUUUUUUCACAGAGAAAUAUUUUUUAAUUUAAUUUUUUUAAUAAUAAACUUGUAUAGAAUUGA